AUGCUUUCUCCACGGUCCUCUUUGGCUGCCACAAACUUCAAGGGGAAGAUAAUUGUUGUCGGUGGGUAUGACGACAAUCGUAGUAUGGCAAGUGCUGAAAUGUUUUCGCCCCCAACUGACGCUCACCCACUGGGGCAGUGGACAAAGCUUGCCAACAUGGAUCUCCCCCGAUCUCCACUUUCUCUUGUCGUUUAUGAAAAUAGACUAAUUCCCAUAGAAUAUGGUGGCGGUUGGGAUUCGGAGAUGGAAGAAUUAGUACCAGAGCAUGGCCAAGCUGAGGACGACCUGACUACCUGGAAAUGGGUCAGCAAGCAUGUCUUAAGUGGAUUUAACACCGUUGUGGGAGCCGUAUGCGUCCAUGUCUAG